GCUUCGAGGAACCUCGCGGUGCAGAGGCGGAUCUUGGAGCAGUUCCCCUCGCAGGCCGUGGUGCGGCCAGGGGCGGCCAGCUACGUGGCCAAGAAGAGGGGCCGCGGCCAGCGCCCUAGGGGAGAGCGUCGCACGCAGGAGGCUCUCCAGAGAACAGCAUUGAAAGGCUCUGUGCUCAGAAAGGUGGACAGCGGCGAAGAGCUCCCGGAGGAGGAGAAGAUCUUCUACCACGAGUGGGUGAGGGAGCUCCUUGACCACGCGCCGAAGGACCUCCGCAGGGAGGCCAUAGAGCACUGUGAGCGCAACGACGCCCCAAGGGUGCGAGCCAGCGCUCUCUUUCGCGUGCUGAAG